AUGCCUCCACUGGUUGUUAUAGUGAAGGCGCCUUUUUGUGAAAGGAAAACUAUCUGCACUGAGGUUGACGAAGCGACACGUGAAGUUCAGGGAGCUAUUCUAAGCACUUGGUACUGAGUGAGAAGUGUCUAAUGAACUAUUUGCUCCAAUUAAAGAGUUCUCCUUUAAGAUUUAAAGCUCGAAUGCAGGUAACAGUGAUGUGAAUGACCUGUGUUUUCGUCUCUUCUGUGCCAGGAAAGGAGACCUCGACUCCAACCAGCUUCCGGCAUGCAUGAACACUCUGCGUAAGCACUGA